GAGAUAAUAACGGAUGGCCACAUCUUUUCGACAAGUAUUUUGGAAUGCCGAGCUCAGACACAGGGACCAGGUCCAAUUUAUGCCUGCUGGGGAUUUUCCCUGAGCUCUGCCAGUGUCGAGACCUGGAGCUUGACUGUGACGGCGCUCAGCUUCGAGACGUCCCGGUGGUGGCUGUGAAUGUAACGAUGAUAUAUCUACAGCACAACAGAAUUCAAGAUGUGAGUCCUGACGCGUUCAGAGGGCUGUAUAAUCUUACAAGACUAUAUUUGAGCUACAACAAGAUAUCCGUCCUAAUGCCCGGUGUGUUCAAGGACCUGCACAAGCUGGAGUGGUUGAUCCUGGAAAAUAACAAAAUCCAUCAGAUGUCCUCCUUGACCUUUUCUGGACUGAACUCUCUUGUGUUACUGGUGAUGCUGAACAACUCGUUGUCAAAGCUGGAUGACAUCUGUCAUGAAAUGCCGCGGCUCAACUGGCUGGAUUUGGAGGGAAAUGUCAUUGAAACCAUUGGAAACGUCUCGUUACACUCCUGCAGCAUGCUGACAGUUCUGGUCUUACAGAGGAACAGGAUCAGCCACAUCCAUGAACAAGCGUUUUCAGUCCUCCAGAAGCUCGGAGAGUU